UUGAGAAGCAUAAACAAAAUUUCCACCAUCAGCUAGCUUGACCAUUCGUCACCCACCCGGUUUAUUCAAUAUUUUCGAAUAUCUCCUAAAAUUUAGCCAUGUUUGAGCGAUACUUGGCCGCUUUGGAGUACCCCGCCCAAGGGGGCAUCAAUAUUGAUGACCCCAAGGAAUUUCGCAACAUUAUCCUCUGGCUGGAGGACCAGAAGAUACGCCACUACACAAUCGAGGAUCGGGCCAAUCUGCGUAAGGUGAACAACGCUGCCGAGUGGGAUCCCGCCUAUGAGCAAUUCAAGCGGGAUUUGAAGUUCCCCACCGAUCUGAAGUCGAAAUCCGAAGAGCUAACAUGGCUAUUCCUGUAUGCCAUCAAGUUGGAGUACUCCGAUAACGCCGAUCGGUAUCGUGGGGUGACCGCUGCUCGGAAGUUGGAGGAUGAAAAGAGGGCUACGGCCGCACCCGAGAUUAAGUCAACCAAUCCGUUUGACAAUCUGGACUUCCAUAGCACCGAGUUUGAGGAGGGAUCCCGGAAACUGGCGGAAAAGCUUGGCAUUGCCUACCAUCCAGAUCACCUGGUGUCGUUGAGGGCGGCCGGCCGAGUCAUUUCCACCAUGUUCAACAAAGAGACCCUCAAGGAGCCAAUCAUCACCGGAAAGCCGUUCCCCAUCGACGCGGGAAUUGGAAUGGGAUUCAACAAGGAACCGGAUCUGGAGCGGGCGGCACGAAUCCUGCGGCUUUUGCAGAUUCAAAGUCUGCGAAAGUUGCAGACCGCCAUCAAUGAGACGAUUGUGUCCGUCCAGAACAUCACAGCUGAUCCGAGGACCGACACCACCCUGGGAAAGGUGGGGAUGAAAUAAAAUCCCGGAAUGUUUCGGAUUGAAGGAAGCGAUUGCUGUCUCUUGUGGAUUGAAUUCCAUUUAAUUUAACUUAAAUUUACAUAUUUUUUUUUCAUUUCAAGUGAAUAAAACAUUAGUUUAACAUCCAA